AUGCUGCUAUACCUGCUGGCGUUCCUCUUACACGUGCUCCCGCUGGCCUCCGGGGCCUACGACAUCUGCAAGUCCUGGGUGACCACGGACGAGGGCCCCACCUGGGAAUUCUACGCUUGCCAACCCAAGGUGAUGCGCCUGAAGGACUACGUCAAGGUGAAGGUGGAGCCUUCCGGCAUCACGUGCGGCGACCCCCCAGAGAGGUUCUGCUCCCAUGAGAACCCCUACUUGUGCAGUAAUGAAUGUGAUGCCUCCAACCCGGACCUGGCCCACCCGCCCCGGCUCAUGCUGGACAAGGAGGACGAGGGGCUGGUUACCUACUGGCAGAGCAUCACCUGGAGCCGGUACCCCAGCCCGCUCGAGGCCAACAUCACCCUGUCGUGGAACAAGAGCGUGGAGCUGACGGACGAUGUUGUGGUGACCUUCGAGUACGGCCGGCCCACAGUCAUGGUCCUGGAGAAGUCGCUGGACAAUGGGCGCACGUGGCAGCCCUACCAGUUCUACGCCGAGGACUGCUCAGAGGCCUUUGGCAUGCCCGCGCGGCGUGCCCGCGACAUGUCCUCCUCCAGCGCGCACCGCGUGCUCUGCACCGAGGAGUACUCGCGCUGGGCGGGCUCUAAGAAGGAGAAGCACGUGCGCUUCGAGGUGCGGGACCGCCUGGCCAUCUUCGCUGGCCCGGACCUGCGCAACAUGGACAACCUCUACACGCGCCUGGAGAGCGCAAAGGGCCUCAAGGAGUUCUUCACGCUCACCGACCUGCGCAUGCGGCUGCUGCGUCCGGCGCUGGGCGGCACCUACGUGCAGCGUGAAAACCUCUACAAGUACUUCUACGCCAUCUCCAACAUCGAGGUCGUCGGCAGGUGCAAGUGCAACCUGCACGCCAACCUGUGCUCGGUGCGGGAGGGCAGUCUGCAGUGCGAGUGCGAGCACAACACGACGGGCCCCGACUGCGGCAAGUGCAAGAAGAACUUCCGUACGCGUUCCUGGCGUGCCGGCUCCUACCUGCCGCUGCCUCACGGCUCCCCCAAUGCCUGUGCUGCUGCAGGCUCUGCUUGGGGUAAGUGGACCAGGCCCUCCACGGCCACCCCACUGGGGGAGAGCCUCUCCCAGCCCCAGGCAGCCGCUCCUGCAGAAGCCACGGGCCCCUCCGCCACUGCCCCUGCCAAGGGCUCCAAACUGGCCCAGCUCAAGCCCAAAUCUCCACACGUGAUGCCCAUUGAAGAAUUCCCAGACUGUGAGUGCUACGGCCACUCCAACCGCUGCAGCUACAUUGACUUCCUGAACGUGGUGACGUGUGUCAGCUGCAAGCACAACACGCGUGGCCAGCACUGCCAGCACUGCCGCCUGGGCUACUACCGCAACGGCUCAGCCGAGCUGGACGACGAGAACGUGUGCAUUGAGUGUAACUGCAACCAGAUCGGCUCUGUGCACGACCGCUGCAACGAGACGGGCUUCUGCGAGUGCCGCGAGGGCGCGGCCGGCCCGAAGUGCGACGACUGCCUCCCCACGCACUACUGGCGCCAAGGCUGCUACCCCAACGUGUGCGACGACGACCAGCUGCUGUGCCAGAACGGAGGCACCUGCCUGCGGAACCAGCGCUGCGCCUGUCCGCGCGGCUACACCGGUGUGCGCUGCGAGCAGGCCCGCUGCGACCUGGCCGAGGGCGGCCUGGACUGCGACGGCGCGCCCGGGGCUGCCCCGCGCCCGGCCACCCUGCUCGGCUGCCUGCUGCUGCUGGGCCUGGCUGCUCGCCUGGGCUGCUGA